UUCUAAUUUUGUUUACUAUCGAACCCCCAGUCUGAAUAAUGUCUUCUUGUUACAGAAAAUGUUAAAAAAUGUGUGAUACACUAGAAUCAAAAUGUCUCUCCAGAUAUCUGGAUUGGUUGGAGGGGGAAUGCAAUACUUGGGUUCAGCUUAGGUCCCAGAACUGUUCCCUGCUCCGGAAUGUCGUGGAUAAGAUACUUCCUUGUCUCCGGGAGCAGCUCUCCGGAGUCAUGUCGGGGACGAGUAGUACAAACCUACGGAGUGCGAUGAUGAAAGAGAUUCUAAGCGGGAAAUAUCCUUCCGAGAAAUAUAGAAAUAUUAUAAAACAGCUGCCGAGCUCCAUAGAUAUCCCGGGGGGCCCGGAUUCUACUUCUAAUGUUCCUGAUGAUAGAAUCAACUCAUUUAUCGACAAGAUUAAGUCGAGAACGAACAAAUGCACCAGCAUGUGCUGCAACGGAGCGUUUAUCGUUGAAACAAUGCUUCUGGUUGUAAUGAACGACGAAAUCAAGGAAUUAGUCUUUGAUCCUGAAACCAUGAAGAACGCUUGGAAACCUGGAGAUAUCAGAGAAUACGUUCCCUUUAACUAUCCAGCUCUGCUAGCAUCAUACAAGCAUUUUAUAACAGUAGAAUCCCCGUGUUCGGAGGAGUUUAGGAGUUUACGACCAAUUGCUCUGGAGAAACUAAAAAUAGGAAGAUUUGAUCUACUCCUGUCUCAACACAAGGGAUACAAGGUUCUCCGCUCCCACUCCAAUACAAGGGAGUACCUGGAGUUCAUGAAGUAUCUGGGACCUCAGUGGUCCUGGGACUCCAAUAUAUGGGAACCUGAGCAUGUUCUAGUCUCCGCCUGUGAUUGGCCGGGAAUGGAAAUGCGCGGAUAUCUCCCAAAUGCGCAGCAUGCUAUGUACGCACUUACUGAUCUUUUUACCCCAAAAUGGUGGCGUGAUGCCACAUUUGAAAAACUAACCGAAAUUUCGUUAAGUAAUGACUUUGUGACAAAUUUCUGUGAAAAUGAAGGAACACCUCUAUUCUCAGCUAUGGGGCACGCCUGUCCAAAUCUCAAGGUUCUGGAUCUUUCCGGGUUAAUCAGGCUAAGGGGAGAAAGUAUUCUCUAUCUGUUCUUCCACGACGCGUUCCAGAUUCUUCACGAGUUUAUGUACAUUCACAGAUACCGGUAUGAGUAUGAUUCUGAGCGUGAAUAUGGGAGUAUAUACCUGGAUCAUACAAACAUAUCUCAGGUCGAGCAACAUUCAUUCUCCAGAUACUGUCCUUGGUGUGUAGAUGACGGGGUAACUAACUGGCUCCGAGCUGGCUGUGAGUUCAAUAUGGUCGUUUUCUCCGUGAUAGAUACUAGAAUCUGGAAGUAUAUUGAGGAAAAUGAGAUGUCUUUAGAUUUAAUAAAGAACGGACUGAUGUACUCCGUGUCUAGCGAAGACUUAUACAAGUCUGUUCUCCGACCCAGGUUAAAGCUUGAGAGACAUGGAGAGAAGAAACCCUAUGAGGACGGAUACAUUCCAGAACCAGGCUGUGAGAUGAUGAAGGAGUAUGAUGGUUCUGAACUAUGGUAUCCUCCAGCAAAUAUUAAAUAUAUUCCUGAUGAAGAUACAUCGAUACCAAUUCUCAACCCUAUUGCAAGAUCUCUACAGAUCCUUAACCUGCCUGGUAUGUCUCUACGAGGAGAGAUGGUUCCCUUCCUUCUCCGCGCCUGUCCUAAACUCAAAUCCUUCGGACAUGGUGGGAGUAUACCCUACGGCCUGGAGCUACUUUCUCAAUAUCAAGAUGAGGAAGAUGAUUUAAUUUUAAACCUGGAGGAGCUAGAGAUAGAUUUCGACUACCUGGAUGAAAAUGAUCAGAAAGAGAUUCCUGAUUAUGAUGAACGAUAUGGAACCUCAGACACACUCUCCGCUAACUCACCAAACUUUAAUUUUCUCCUCGCAAACUUCGGACAGAAGAUAUUUAAACCCGAGGACGACAACGAUAAUUUCGGCGAGGUUGCUUCCAAACAGUUUGCUCUCCGAGUAUACCAGGAGGUUGCUAAGUAUGCUCCUGAACUUAAUCUUGAUGAACGGAUAGAGAAGUAUGUUGGUCUAAUUGUUCGCUAUGCUAAGAAACUGAAGCGUUUGAGCAUAUUUAUGACCUCGACCUUUGGUAACGACCUUGAAGAGGAUUCUAAGGUUUGGAAUGGUUUGCUAGAUCUAAAGAACUUGACGGAGCUUGAACUAAGGUUUGCUAAGUUUGAUGAUGUUGCUGGGCUAAUCAAGGUUCUUGGUCCUAAACUCAAGAAAAUAAAAACAUACUGUCUUCCUUCCAGGCAUGGAUUUGCGGAGUUAAUGAAUUGGAUGAUGGGAGGAAAUAAUACUGAGAUAGAGUUUGCUCUGGUCAUAUGUGAGCAGUGUCCAAAUCUAGAAGAACUGGAUUGUGUUUCUUUAAUGUACAAUUUCCAUUUUGGACAACAGAUUAAAACCGAACCAGGACACUUUACUAAUCUUAAACAUAUCAAUGUUGGAUACAUCACUUGGGAUACUCUUCUCCAGAUCUGGUCUCUAGUAAUCAAUCUAGAGAGCCUAAAGAUGACAGGAAUAGUAGAAUCCUUCACGAUGUCUAGUCUCUCUGUGAUUAGCCUAGAUAAGCCAAAAGUUAACAACCUUCUCUCCAGGAAUAGUAUGGAAAAGUUGAAAUGUAUCCGUGCUGUGAAGUUUGAGUUUACAAGCUUCAGUUCAGCUCAUCUAUUCAUCUAUCAUCUACCACAGAUCUCUACAGUCUCCAAACUUAUCAUCAGGGAUGAUGAACCUGAUGUUGAGGAUGGGAUGAGUGAGGAUGAGUGGGUGGUCUGGUUGAAGAGAAGGAAGGAUGAGAAUGGUCUGUGUGUCAACUGGACUGGGAAAUUUGUAUUUGAGGAAACCAAUGAGGAUUGAUUUUAAACUGAAUCUAUAUUCGACAUCUUUCAAAGCCUACAGGACCAAAACAAUUUUCUAUUUAAAAAAAUUAUUAAUAUUUCUUAAAUAAAAAAGUGUUCAGGAACGCAAUCGUUUCUGUAGGAAAAUGAAAAUAAGAUAUCCUAAAUCUGUCAAUGGUGUAAACGGUACGGUUUC